CAAUCCUGAGUCGAAUCCCAAUUUUGGUCGAGUGGAGCCUGGCUGCCACGAAUAUUAGAAAUAAACUCGUCUCGCCCCCCGGGGAGGAUUCUCUACAGCGACGAUCGUCAACACCCGUCGCCCGUUGUCAUCUUUGCUUGUUCUCCUUCUCCCUUGGCUUGCCAUCCGGUAUCUGCACACAAUGUAUCGGUUCAAGCUGGAAUUCGCGACGGUUGUCGCCACGUGGGCGCUGUCGGCAGUCUGUCAUUCCCUGCCUCGUGCGGCCGAUGGGUCGGAGGGGGCUUGCCACUCAGGCGAUGCCGACUUCAAGGCUCUCGGAGCCAAGCUGUCGAGCACCGCGCAGGUCUACUGCCCGGGCUCCAGUGAAUUCACCAAUGUGACCACUCGCUGGUCGGUGCUCGAGGAGCCCGAGGUGAACAUUGUCUUUGUGCCAGGCACGGAGAAUGAUGUUGCCGAGAUCGUGCAAUAUGCCAACAAGAAGGAAAUCCCCUUCCUGACCUACAAUGGCGUCCACGGGGCCCUCACCUCGCUAGGCAAGAUGGACUAUGGGAUCGCCAUCUACAUGGGCCAGCUGAGCAGCGUCCAGGUCGCCGCUGAUGGCCGGACCGCGAUCUUCGGUGGCGGCACCAUGUCCAAGAUUGUGACGGAUGAGCUGUGGGCCGCCGGCAAGCAGACAGUGACUGGCACUUGCGAAUGUGUCAGUCUCCUGGGCCCCGCUCUCGGAGGUGGCCAUGGCUGGCUGCAGGGCCACCAUGGCCUCGUCGCCGACCAGUUCGUCUCGAUGAACAUCGUGCUGGCCAACGGCACGCUGACCACCAUCGACGAGACCUCCGACCUCUGGUGGGCCGUCAAGGGCGCGGGCCACAACUUCGGGAUCGUCACCUCGCUGACCUCGAAGAUUUACGACAUCGAGCACCGCGACUGGGCCAUCGAGACCAUCAUCUUCAGCGGCGACCAGGUCGAGGCCGUCUACCAGGCGACAAACGACUACCUCUUGAAGAACGGCACACAGCCUGAGGGCGUGAUUAACUGGUCCUACUGGAUGAACAAUGCCGACGCGGACCCGAACAACCCCGUCAUCGUCUUCUACCUCAUCCAAGAAGGCGUCACCGCCGUCGACUCCACCUACAGCGCUCCCUUCCACGCGCUGGGCCCCAUCUCCGUGACCCCCGCCAACGGCACCUACAAGGACCUGGCCGGCUGGACCAGCAUUGCCGUCGACUCCCCGCCCUGCCAGAAGAUGGGCAUGGCCAACCCGCGCUUCCCAAUCUACCUCGAGGCGUACGACGUGGCAGCCCAGAAGCAAGCCUGGGACGUCUACGCGGAUGCCACGCGCGGCGCCUCCCCGUUCAACAACUCCAUCUUCAUGUUCGAGGGCUACUCCGCGCAGGGCGUGCACGCCGUCGACAGCGCCUCCAGCGCCUUCGCCUUCCGGACCGAGAACCUCCUCGCCGCCCCGAUGAUCAACUACUUCCCCGACGGGGACGAGCUGGACCAGAAGGCCAACAGCCUGGGUCAGCAGCUCCGCGAGAUCCUGUUCAACGCGACUGGCCGCCCGGAGAUCCGCGCGUAUGUUAACUAUGCGUAUGGCACGGAGUCUCCGCGGGAGUUGUACGGGAGUGAGGACUGGCGGCAGCAGCGGUUGCAGGCGUUGAAGCAGAAGUAUGAUCCCACCGGAAAGUUUAGCUUUUAUGCGCCUGUUGCGUGAGGGGUUCGGCGGGGAUGGAGGCUGUCUGUAAUUGCUGUACUGGUGCAAGAGAGAGUUGAGUAAUGUAUAU